AAGAAGGAACUGUAAUACUAGCACCUUAUUUUCUUGCAGACUAAAAUUGAGACCCAAACUUGCUCUCUCCUUGGUGCUGUGUCUGCUUCCACCAGAGCGCGGACCUUUUGCUUCCUUGCUGCAACAGAGUGCAAGGAUCAGCGAGAGCAACUGCAGCAAUUCUAGGAGGUUUUGCAAGACUUUACACACAUAUUUGCUGCAGCAAGAACCAUUUGCUCACCUGUCUGCAAACAUAACAACUGAAGCCUCAAAACUCUUCCUCGACCAAGGCUACCACUGCUCUAUGGAAAGACGGCUGGCGGGGAAGCACAGCCAAAUGAUUCCAAGCAAAGGGCUAGUGUAAGUCAAAAUGAGGGACUUGAAGAUCUUCAUUCUCCCUGUAUGGUUUUCAAUGGUUGAAGUUUAAUGCUUUGAAGAAGCAGCCUAAAUAAUUUUGCUUUUGCCAGCAGACUUUUUUUAAAGAAUCUUUUAAGAGGACCUGAUUUCAUGUGAACUGCCAAAUCUAGGGAAACCGACCUUACACUGCACUACUAGGGGUAUGUAGAUGGAAGAGACUGAUUUUGGAUGGCUAAGAUUUUGAUGGGGACAUGACUAAAUUUUUAUUUUUACAAAUACCUUUUUCUUCUCUACAGAGAAGGCAGACUAGUAAUCAAGCCCUUCCACUCUGGAACUGUUAAUUUUUCUCCUUAAGAGUAUGUAUUAUUUUUUUGGGGAGAAAGUUUAUGGGGACUGAAAUGAGACAGUGAAGGACUCUACACUUGAUAUAUAGCCAAUUACAGUAAGGGCAGAUCCUCACUCUCAAGUCUGCCUGAACUGGGGAAAUCCAUUCUUUAUUUUAUUUUUUUUUAAAAAAGACUCUCCUUCAAUGUGUCUGGAACUUUUGGGGAUUGGAGUCGGCAUGAAUUUUGGACUGCUUUUCGUGUCUCUCUGUUACCUGCCACUCAUCAGCAGUGAGGGAGACCCCAUUCCUGAAGAAAUAUAUGAAUUGCUGCGUGACAGCUCGGUGCGCUCCAUCAGAGACCUCCAGCAGGUCCUGCAGAUAGAAUCCGUAGAUGAAGAUACCUCUAGUUCAUACAUGAAUUUUUCCCAAAUGCAUGGUGGUGAAAAUCUUGUUCCUUUGUCCCGUGGAAGACGAAGUUUAGCCGGAGCAGAACCUAUUGAGCCAGCAGUAAUUGCUGAGUGCAAGACACGAUCUGAAGUCUUUGAAAUCUCCCGGAGCAUGGUGGAUUCAACAAAUGCCAAUUUUCUUGUGUGGCCACCCUGUGUAGAAGUGCAACGGUGCACAGGCUGUUGCAAUACCCGAGCGAUGCAAUGUCGUCCCACACAAGUUCGGGUGCGACAUAUCCAGGUAAAUAAGAUUGAAGUUGCUGAAAAGAAGCCAGUCUUUAAUAAAGCAAUUGUAGCCUUAGAAGACCACCUGGCAUGUCGAUGUGACCCAGUGUCACCCAGACUUCCCAGUCGGGAAAAUUCACGUGAGCACAGAGGUGAGUCCCCAGUAAGUGCUGUAACUUCUCUUCCAGCAAGGGCAAGAGCACACAGGUUGCUGCCACAAAAGAGGAAGCAUCGGAAGUUCAAACAUGUACAUGAUAAAAAAGCACUGAAAGAAAUUUUCCCAGCAUAAAAAUGCUGGCAGGCAGAAGUACAAAUGUCAGGUUUAUUUAAUAUAUUUUCUGUAUAGCCCCCAUGGGGUUAUCAAAAGUUUCUCUCCGUCCAUCUGCCUCAAUGCCCCUUUGGACGGCCAACGGUGCUUCCCAAUUCCUCAUUCGCUGAAUGUUUUCUCACCAAAGUUUGCCAUUUAAGUUCAUAAUGGCAUUACAUCCACCUCUUGAAGAAGAGAAAAGGAGAGAGGAAAUAAAGAGCGAAACGACAGCAAUGGGGAUGGACAACAUGCUUUUUGCUGCAACAAACACUAUCGAAAUGUUGCAAGACUUGUGGCUCAAAUGCAUUUUGGAAGUGGUGGGUUUGUGAAAAACAGGAAUAUAACAAGGUUAUUUUUUCCUUUUUUUUUUCUUGCCCCAUCUUGGACUUAACUGGACUCAGGUUGUUUACUGUGGCAGUGGGCAUGUCAAAAGAGUCAGUAUGGCAAACGGUGACAGCAGAUGCACUAAGGACUUUUACUGUCAUGUUUCCACUGAUAUGUUUAAUGUCUUCAUGUAUAUUUCAUUUUUCAUACCAUGCCUUGGGGAACUGAAGCAAUCAAUACUAAAUACCCAUUCCUGACCCUUUCUGGAAAAUAGGCAGGGAGCAGUUAUGUUGGGAGUCCACCUUACCCAUCCCCAUUCAAAGCUUCCUCAUGGGUCAAAGAGGUAAUUUCUGAAAGUGAUGUUAAGAAAGACUUAGCUCCUCCUGUUAAUUGAGAGUUUAGAGAUGUUUCUGUUAAUAAAUUUGCAUGGGGAAUUUGCAACUCAUGGACAAUUUGGGGCAUCUAGCACCCCUGUUGGGCUAUUUUUGCGGCCACUGCCUCCGUAGUUGCUAGAAUAAAGCAUUGCUUUUUAGUAAGCAGGGCCACAGCAAUGUUUCAGCAUGUUGUUUUAAGAUUAGGCAGUAUACAGGCAAUCAGCAUCAGCAUCUCUAUAAAUGAUCUUAAAUGCCAGUGGAGGUCAAGAGGUCUCUGCUUAAGACCACAAAAGCUCUUCCUACUCCAGGUAAAUAGCAGCUGUUUCAACCAAUCAUUGUUAGGAUACAAGUAUAUAGCAUCAGCCUUCACUUGUAUGUCAUUUUUUUCUCUAGCAUAGUCAUUUAUGCCCAGAUGCAGUCUUAUACAGGGGCAUAGAUGGGGUUGUAAGGGAUCAGAAGUUAAAAAAAAGAAAAGAUGGCAGUUGCCCUUGCCAUCUUGACCCCACCCCAAUCCUGGACACCACAAGUCUUACAGCACUAAUCUCAGGUUAAUAUCUUCCAAUCUUAUGAAAACCAAGCUGUGUAAAAUCUCAGAAAAGCCAUACAAUGCUGCACAAUGUAUUGAAUAUGUAUAAAGGUUAAGUGGUGCUGAAUAUCAUUACACAAAGUGCUGCUGGCUUCAUCCCAGUCCAAUUAGUAACAUCUGAUGGAGAUGGCAGACUUCUCUCUCUUUGGGUCUCCAGCUUGGGAUUUGUUCUCUUUGAAAAGACGAUAAAUAAGUUGUUCCCUGUCAGUAAAUGCAAAAUUCACUGAGUCUUCUGUCGAGACAGUAGCCUGCCUUCCAGGAAUCAGUGGUUAAAAACUUGUUGGUAUUCACUUUAUCAGAAAGAAAGAAAGAAAAAGAAAGAAAGAAAGAAAGAAAGAAAGAAAGAAAAGAAAGAAAGAAAGAUGUUUAAUUGUCUAUGGACCUUUACUGAGAGAAUACUGAACAAAAAAAAGAAAGAGAUAUGUGAGUGUGUAAUAUCCCCUUUUCGAAUUACAUUUUAGCCCUGAUCAUUUACUGUGUUGUUAUAAAAGAGGAAAGACAAAAAGAAAAUUGUUGAGGUCAUAGUUGGGUAGAGUUUGAACAAGGUUUGGGCAUUUAAGGUCCAACUCUAUAAUUUCUAUACUAUUGGCCACCUCAUGAUGGAAAAACGUGCUUACAUUUUAACUGAAAGCAUUCUAGUUUUAUCCUCAGUGACUGAACAUGUGACAGAAUCCAGCAGUAAUACAAAUAUCUUUGUUAAGAGAAUCUUGUCUAAAUAGCUGAAACUGUGAAAAGCUCUUGGUAAGGAGGCAUCAAGACAAGAAAUAAGGCUUUUUGCAAUCUUUAAAACAUGUUAAAUGAGCUAUGCAAACCAUGGUUGGUUAGAAUUAACAGUCUUGUGCUGCAAAAUUCCAGCUGAUCAUUAAAUGGUAGAACAGAGUUCUGUCAUUUGUCUUUACUGCUAUCUAACCCAGAUUUUUGCAGCUCAGGUGGUAAUUCUACAUUUUUUGGGUGAGCCACAUUUGGGCUUGUUCCUAGCUCUGAGCUAUUAGUCAUGGUUUAUAGAUUACAGUGGCUGUGCAACAUGUUAAAGCCAAAUGCAACCACCCACCUAAUAAUGUUGUAUGAUGUGCACAUUGAAAAACAGUCUAUUUUACUCCAGUUGAGACAAAAGGCAAGAUGCUAAAAUUGGGCAAACUAAGUAAUAGUUACUACAGAGAUGUGGAAUAACUAGGGCUCUAACAGGAGAAAACUGUUUUCUGUCAUGUUCCCAUGCCUAAUGAAGGAUUCUUAAAAUGCACCUUUUCCUCUCUUGUUCCAUUUUCAGUCCAUCUCCCUAUGGAAGCAGAAUAGAAAAUUUAGUUGGAAUACUUACUUUACCUCCAAUUUCAGAUUUUGUUGUCCAAAGAGAAUGGGGCUUAAUAAUCUCCUCCUUGACUUUCAUUUGACUGAUGCUAUUGAUAUUUGGGUGCCCUAGAUAAUUUUUUAUGACACAUCUUGCUUCAGCCCAGUUUUUUUCAUAUGAAAACAUCCAUGGUUCUCUAACACCUAAUAAGACUGAGAUUUGAGGUCAUUAAUAAAUAAACUACUUGUAUUUAGCCAGAUUGUACUGGUUAAGGGGAAAAAAGCAUUAAUACUAUAGCUGUGGUCUCUUAAUAUAAUUCCAUGGCACCAAGAUAUAUGAAAAAUCUGCUCAAAACAGUUUGGAAAUAUGCAUUUCCUGUCUACUCACUUUAUACUCAAUGGUUUAUUUCUGACAUUAAAAUACUUGCUAUUCAGUCCUAUUUCAUUUUGUUUUCAAAGGCCAUUUGUUUUUGGGUUUUUUGCAUACUUUUAUUUGUAAGGUGGGAGAGGUCUUUCAUCAUCCCUCAUUUUAUGUACAAUUAAUUUAUACUCUGUAUCGUAUUUAAAAUUGUUUUUAAAAAAUCUUAAAACCCAAA